GCAAAUAAAGGAAAAACUUGUGUGAAUUGUGAAACAAAUAAAAGUGCAUAAAAUUAAAUCAAUUGGAAGUUUAAAUCAAAAAUAAAUUUUGACAUUAAAUUUCCAAAAUCAUCGUUUUAAGUUUAAAGCUUGUGAAGAAAAAUUAUGGAAGGUUGCCCAUCGGUUGAGCCUCAACAACAAAAUAGAAAAUUAUUUUCUCGUGUAUAUCCAUUAACUCCUGAAGAUGAAAUUGUCAUUUCUGGUAUUUCUGGAAGAUUUCCAAGUUCGAAUAACAUGCAUGAUUUUGCUCAUAACCUUUACAAUAAGGUGGAUAUGGUUGAUGAUGAUGAAAGACGAUGGAAACACACGAACCCUGAGAUUCCGAAACGCAUGGGAAAAGUUUCUAAUUUGGAAAGAUUCGAUGCAACCUUCUUUGGUGUUCAUUUUAAACAAGCUCAUACAAUGGAUCCGCAAUGUCGUAUGCUUUUAGAACACGCUUAUGAAGCAGUGCUUGAUGCUGGCGUCAAUCCAAAGUCAUUGCGGGGAAGUCGAACUGGUGUUUUUAUUGGUGCUUGUUUUGCGGAAUCUGAGAAAACGUGGUUUUAUGAAAAAGUCUCUACUGGUGGUUUUGGGAUAACUGGGUGUGCUCGCGCUAUGUUAGCAAAUAGGAUCUCUUUUACUUUAGGAUUAACAGGGCCUUCAUUUUUAUUGGAUACAGCUUGCUCUUCUUCUAUGUACGCUCUUGACUGUGCUUUUAAUGCUAUUCGAAAUGGUGAAAUUGAAGCGGCUAUUGUUGGUGGAUCAAACUUAUUACUUCAUCCUUAUGUUACAUUACAAUUUGCUCGUUUGGGUGUAUUAGCUCAAAAUGGCUAUUGCCGACCAUUUGAUAAGGAUGGUUCUGGUUAUACUAGAGCUGAAGCAAUUUGUGUUAUGUUUAUACAGAAAGUUAAAGACGCUAAGCGUUUCUAUGCGAAUCUUCUUUAUUCAAAAACCAAUUGUGAUGGCUAUAAAGAAGAAGGAAUAACUUAUCCAAGUGGUAAAAUGCAGAUGAAAUUGUUAAAAGAAUUCUAUGAUGAUAUCAACAUUGCACCCAGUUCUGUCGAUUAUGUUGAAGCUCAUAGUACUGGCACAAUCGUUGGUGAUCCUGAAGAAUGUCGCGCUUUGGAUAUUGUUUUUUGUACGGGUCGCGAUAAGCCGCUUCCUGUUGGCUCAGUAAAGUCAAAUAUGGGUCAUUCGGAAAGUACAGCUGGCGCAUGUUCGAUAGCAAAAAUGAUAUUGUCGUAUGAAAAUCGAAGAAUUCCACCGAAUAUAAAUUUUGUUGAAAUUCGACCUGGAUUAGAGUCAUUAGAAUCGGGAAGAUUGAGAGUUGUAGCUGAGACUGAAGAUCUGACUGGUCCAUUGAUCAGCAUCAACUCAUUUGGAUUUGGUGGAGGAAAUGCUCAUGCAUUAUUUAGAGCUAAUCUCAAAGAGAAAGUCAAUCAUGGAAUACCAACUGAUACUUUGCCACGUCUUGUCAUAUGGUCAAGUAGAACUGAAGAAGGAAUUAAUACAAUUAUGGAUAGCAUUGUUCAAAAACCAUUAGAUGCUGAAUAUAUUGGUCUGUUACAUAAUUGUGCUGCUGGCGAAUCACAUCAAGCUAAUAUUUAUCGUGGUUAUGGAGUUUUUUCUCAGACUGAUCAAGUUUCGAAUGCAACAUGCUUAAGUAAGGAUGUCAAGCAUUACAGUACUUUUAAGAGGCCAAUGGUGUGGGUUUAUUCAGGAAUGGGAUCUCAAUGGUGCACUAUGGGUGCUGACUUAAUGAAAAUUCCAAUGUUUGCUGAAUCCAUCGAAAAGAGUCAUAAAAUAUUGGCUGCAAAAGGACUAGAUGUAAAGGACAUAAUUACAUCUUCGUAUCCAGAUAUGUUUGAAAAUAUUUUGCAUUCAUUUGUUGGAAUUGCAGCAAUUCAAAUUGCUCUGACAGACAUCCUUAAAGCAUUAGAAAUUGAGCCUGAUUUUAUUAUUGGACAUUCAGUUGGUGAACUUGGUUGUGCAUAUGCUGAUGGAUGCUUCACAGCUGAAGAGAUGAUCCUUUCAGCUUAUUCUCGUGGAAUGGCAAGUCUUGAAACAAAUGUAGUGUUUGGUUCAAUGGCUGCUGUUGGAUUAAGUUAUAAAAAGCUUCGAUCAAUGGUUCCCGAAGGAAUUGAAAUUGCUUGUCACAAUUCAGCUGACUCAUGUACAAUUUCUGGACCUGCAAAAAAUAUCGCUGCUUAUGUCGCAGAACUUAAAUCUAAAAAUAUUUUUGCAAAGGAAGUAGCAUGUUCAAAUAUUCCUUAUCACAGCAAAUACAUAGCUGAAAUGGGACCAAACUUACUAAAACGUCUCACGGAAGUCAUAAAAGAGCCAAAACAAAGAUCCAAUAAAUGGCUAAGUUCCAGUGUACCAAAAGUUAAGUGGGAUCUGCCUGAAGCACAAUAUUCAUCAGCAUAUUAUCACACAAACAAUUUAUUGAACUCAGUUUUGUUUGAGGAAACUUCGAGUCUUCUUCCAAAGAAUGCACUUACAAUUGAAAUCGCACCUCAUAGUUUGCUUCAAGCAAUUUUAAGAAAAUCGAUGCCAGAAGCUGUACAUGUAGGUCUGACUCAACGUGAAAAUAAGAAUAACUCUACAUUCUUCUUGAGCUCACUCGGAGUAUUACAUGAAAAUGGUGUGGACAUGGAUGUUGGUAAGUUAUAUCCACCUGUGUCUUUCCCUGUAUCACGUGGAACUCCGAUGAUCAGUCCGCUUAUAAAAUGGCAACAUAGUGAGGAAUGGUUUGUAACACGUUUUGAGAGUCAGAAGUCCAAUCGCAGUGGUGAACGUCAUCUUGUCAUUAAUUUGUCAGAUCAAGAGUUUGAUUAUAUCAAUGGACAUACUAUCGAUGGACGAGUUCUGUUCCCAGCAACAGCAUACCUUCACUUCGUAUGGGAGACAAUUGGUCUUAUGAUGGGAGUUUAUUAUUUUGAUGUUGGUGUCAUUUUUGAAGAUGUGAAAUUUGUUAGAGCUACUGCACUUCCCAAAAGUCAAGAUGUUGAGUUAAUUGUGAUGAUUCAACAUGGCACUGGAAGAUUCGAGAUUACAGAAGGAACAAGUGUUCUUGCAACAGGUUAUGUAAAAAUAGUCGAGAAUGUUAAAUUAACUGAAAUUGAUAGACCUGAAGAAAAUGGUCAUCCAACAUUACUGACAAAAGAUUUCUAUAAAGAACUGCGUUUACGUGGAUAUCAUUACAAUAACUUAUUUAAAUCAGUUGAACAAGCACGUGGCGAUGGAAUGUUGGGAAGAGUCAAAUGGAACGCAAAUUGGAUUGCAUUUAUGGAUUGUCUCCUUCAAAUCUAUAUUAUUGGUCAAGAUUCUCGAGCACUUUUGUUGCCAACUGGAAUUCAAAUGUUAUCCAUUAAUCCACAUGUUCAUAAAACAUUUGUUCAUUUAUUUGAAAAUGAAGAUAUAUCAUUAGAAGUUUUAAGAGAUCAGAAUCGAAAUAUUUUAAGAUGUGGCGGGAUAGAAGUUCGAGGAUUACAAGCAAAUCCAGUUGCUCGACGUCGUCCACCUGGCAUUCCAGUUCUUGAGACUUAUCAAUUUAUUCCACAUCUUCCAACACCAUAUUUGAAUAAAGUUGAUAUGGCGAGAUUCUGUGUUCAAUUAGCACUUGAAAAUUUACCAACAACUAAAGUCCUUUCUGUUGAAAUUGAUGCAAAUGAUGGCAAAGAUCCACUGUCAGAAAUAUUAGCUGCAGCUUAUGGUGAUUUACCUCUCGUAACUACAGAAAUGAACUAUCUUACUUCAAAAUCUAUUGAUUUUGGAAGUGUCCUUGUUAGUGAUUCAAAAUUAAAUGCAUAUAAGAAUGCAUUUAUGGUGAUCAGAAGCAAUUGCCUAUCAGAUAAAACCUUCCUAGAUGCUAUCUCAGGGAAUGUUCAAAAUGAUGGAUUCAUCAUAUCAAGAGAACCAAACGAGAUUAAUUUAUCAGUUCUCAAUCAAUUAUCGUCAAAACAUCAAUUGAUUGCAAUAAUUCCAACAGAAAAUGAAACGAUUGUGAUGCUUCAAUGUCAGAAGAAGAUUCCUGGUUAUUCACAAAAAGUUAUUCGUGUUACAUCUCAAAAUCUCGAUUGGAUAAAUGACUUAAAGAAAGCUAUUAAAGAAGGACCAGUCUUAGCAUAUUCAGAAAAGGAAGAAUUCUCAGGAAUAUUGGGACUUGUCAAUUGUAUAAGGAAAGAACCGAAUGGAACAAAUCUCAAAUGUGUAUUCAUUGAUGAUUAUCGAUCUCCUAAGUUUAAUGUUGAUAAUGACUUCUAUAAAUCAUUUUUGAAGCAGGGAUUAGCUAUAAAUGUGUUUAAAAAUGGACAUUGGGGAAGCUACAGACAUUUAUUACUUGAAACGGUAAAAGAAGAAGGAAGAAGAAUUGAUCACUGUUAUGCCAAUUGCUUGGUUCGUGGAGAUCUCUCGUCUUUGACUUGGUUACAUGGUCCUUACAACCACGGAAAACCAGAUGGUAAUAUCGUUAAACUUCAAUAUGCUUCACUUAAUUUCCGUGAUGUAAUGUUAGCAACUGGAAAGUUAACAGCAGAAGUUUUUGGCACUGGAAGAUUAGAUCAGUUGUGUAUAUUGGGAUUCGAAUUUUCAGGAAUCAAUGAAAGUGGAAAACGUGUUAUGGGAAUGGUAACUUCUGGUGCUUUAGCAACUCAUAUUAAAGGUGAUGAUACAUUACUUUGGGACUGUCCUGAUGAGUGGUCAUUAGAAGAAGCAGCUACUGUUCCUGUCGUCUAUGGAACCGUUUAUAGUGCAUUUUUCCUUACAACCAAAAUUGAAAAAGGAAAAUCAAUUCUUAUUCAUGCUGGUUCAGGUGGAGUUGGUCUUGCAGCAAUCAGAGUUGCAUUUGCUUAUGGACUGGAUGUGUUUACUACAGUCAGUACUGAAGAGAAGACAAAUUUCUUGUUGAAAGAAUUCCCACAGUUGAAAAGAGAAAACAUUGGAAAUUCUCGUGAUAUUUCUUUCGAAGACAUGAUUAUGAAUCGAACAAGUGGUAAAGGUGUUGAUUACGUUUUGAACUCAUUGGCUGAAGAGAAGCUUCAUGCAUCAAUCCGAUGUCUUGGAAAGGGAGGAAAGUUCUUGGAGAUAGGAAAGUUUGAUUUAGCAAAUGACACGAAAAUCGGUCUUGGUUCUUUCUUAAAGGAAAUAGCUUUUCAUUCAGUUUUAGUGGAUAAUUUAUUCCAUGCAGAUCAUGAAGCGAAAAUGGUGUUACAAAGAUUGGUUGAAAGAGAUAUUCAGGCUGGAAUAAUUAAACCUUUGAAAACUACAGUUUUUAAUGCAAGCGAAUUAGUUGAAGCAUUCAGGUUCCUAGCAAGUGGUAAACAUGUUGGAAAAGUUCUACUAAAAAUUCGUGAAAAUGAAAAUGAUGUUGCCACACUUCCAAUUAGUGCUAUACCAAGAGCUUAUUGCAAUUCUUACUAUACAUAUAUAAUUCCUGGUGGUCUUGGAGGAUUUGGUUUAGAAUUGGCAGAUUGGUUAGUAUUAAGAGGAUGCAGAAAGCUUGUAUUGAGUUCAAGUCGUGGUAUUACAAAGCAAUAUCAAGCAUAUCGUAUCAAAAUUUGGCAAGAUUAUGGCGUAAAAGUUGUUGUUAAUACAUCUGACAUUUCAUCAAAGAUAGGUUGUGAAGAACUCAUCCGAGAAUCAAUGAAAUUAGGACCAGUCGGAGGUAUAUUCAAUCUCGCUGUUCUCUUACGUGAUAGUAUCUUUGAAAAUCAAGAUGCCACUAAAUUUAAUGAAUCUAUGGCACCAAAAGCUGUUGCCACAAAAUAUUUGGAUGAAAUUUCUCGAGUUCUUUGCCCUGAACUUCAAUAUUUUGUUGUAUUUUCGAGUGUAUCUUGUGGUCGUGGUAAUGCUGGUCAAAGUAAUUACGGUAUGGCUAAUUCAGUUAUGGAAAGAGUGAUGGAACAAAGACACGGUCUUGGAUUACCAGCUAAAGCUAUUCAAUGGGGUGCUGUCGGUGAAGUUGGAUUAGUGGCUGAUAUGCAAGAAGAUCUUUUGGAUAUGGAAAUCGGUGGAACUCUACAACAAAGAAUUUCAUCAUGCUUGGAAGAACUUGAUACAUUGCUGACUGUCAAUCACCCAAUAGUUGCUAGUAUGGUUGUAGCUGAGAAAAAGGCAAAGGUCGGUGCCGGUUUUAGUGUAAUUGAAGCUGUUAUGAGCAUAAUGUCAAUUCGUGAAAUGAAAUCUGUAUCAAUGGAUGCAACAUUAUCAGAAAUCGGUAUGGAUUCUUUAAUGGGUGUUGAAAUUCGUCAAAUGUUGGAACGAGAAUAUGAACUUUUCUUGUCACCACAAGACUUAAGAUCUUUAACAUUUAGAAAAUUGCAAGAACUAAUGGCUGCAUCAGAAACUGUUGAAAUUGAAAGUGCAAAAACUAAAUUUGCCAGUGACGAUGUUCCAGUCGGUGUUGAACUUAUGCUUCGAAAUUUGGGUGAUGAAGAAACAUCAAAUCAAACUAUUUUAAGACUCAUUUCACAAGACAACAGCACAAAGCAUACUUCAAGUGUUCUUUUAAUUCCUGGUAUUGAAGGUGUUGCUGGAAAUGCUUGGAGAAGUGUUGCAAAUGGAUUAUCUUUACCAUCUUAUAUGCUGCAACUUAUGAACUCGAAAGAUUUGGAAAAUGUCAAUGAUGUCACACAAUUCGUUUAUGAUGACAUCAUUGAGACUGUCUUCGACAAAACAAAAGAAAAUUUCUAUAUUGUUGGUUAUUCAUUUGGGGCAAUGGUUGCAAUAGAAUUAACAAAAAUGUUGGAACGUGGUGGUAAAAAGGGUAAAUUAUUAUUAAUAGAUGGAGCACCGACAUUCCUUAAAAAAUUAGUCGUUGACCAAAUGCCAAUGACUGAUUCGGAUGAAGCUGUACAAACUGUUUUAUUAGCAGGCGUUUUAAGAACUGUUUAUCCCGAUGAAAAGGCUGACGUUCUUCAAAUAAUGGCUAAUAAUCCAACAUGGGAAGAUAGAGUUGAUAGACUUAUGGAAAUGGCUAAGGAUCAAUAUAUCUACAGUACUGAUUAUUUACGUUUAAUGGCUAAUUGCUUAUUCCAAAGAAUUAAAAUGGUUUUGAAUUAUAAACAUGACCCGAAAAAUAUGAUGAAAUCACCAGUGACAUUAAUUCGACCAACAGAAAUUUCAAUUGUGGAUGUUGAGGAAGAUUAUGGAUUGCAUAAAAUAACAAAUGGAAUAAUUUCAAUCAAGUACAUUGAAGGGAAUCACUUCUCGAUGCUUGAAAAUCCAAAACUCGUGCAGAUAAUCAACGAAAAUGAUCCUGCUUUGGAGUCUAAAGCUUCCUUCAAGAAGCACAAUUUAAUUUAAUGGAAUAUUGUGAUUUCUAAUGGAUGUGGGAUAUAUAACUGUAAAGGUGGUUGCUUAAGUAAUUAUAAUGAAAUAA